GUGGUGCUGAAUUCUGGGAAAGAGCUGUGCCAGAGGCCCUGGCUAAAGACACCACGACCUCAGAUGUACACUGCCAACACUUCCGGCAGUUCCGCUACCAUGAGGCCAAUGGGCCCCGAGAGGUUUGCAGCCGGCUCCAUGGACUUUGCAGCCAGUGGCUGAAGCCAGAGAGGCACACCAAGAAGCAGAUCCUGGACCUGGUGAUCCUGGAGCAGUUCCUGACUCUCCUGCCCCAGGAAAUGCAGGGCUGGGUGAGAGGAUGUGGGCCGGAGACCAGUUCCCAGGCGGUGGCCCUGGCCGAAGGUUUCCUCCUGAGUCAGGCAGAGGUGAAGAGGCAGGCAGAACACAUGCGGGGACCACCUUUGGAGAUGGAAGCUGCAAUCCCUGAGGCAGAAGGAGCUUCCUUGGAGCAGGGGCAGAGGGUGCCGGCGAUGGAGCGUGCCCAAGAUGCCCUCUCCUGUGGAACAGGCAGUGAAGAGAUGCUGUUGAGCCUUCAUCUUUUCAGAGGGGUGGAAACGGCUGCUGAACCUGUAAUCCAGGGUCCCUUUUCCUUGGAGGAGGUGUCCGUCUCUUUCACGGAGGCAGAGUGGGCCCUGUUGAAUCCAGGCCAAAGAGCUCUGUACAGGGAAGUCAUGCUGGAGAACUAUGAGAAUGUGGCCUCUCUGGCAGAAGAUGAGCAGAGGAAUGUGGAGGGUGAGGAACUUUAUCAGAAAAUGCCACAUAGAGUUAAAAAUGAAAACUUGAACAAAAUUGUCAGGAAUCAAGGCAAAACUAAAAUAAAGAAAGAUGGUGGUAUGGUUGAGAAGCAUUAUAGAAAAAAGCAGAAUAGAGAGGAGAAACCUUCUGAAUUCUCAGAAAUGAGUAAUAAAUUCAGUCAGAGUAGAAUCUUUCAGCUGCAGCAAAAAACCCACAGAGGAGAGAGAACUUUUACAUGCCCAGAGAGUGCAAAGAGAUUAAUUAAGAGUGUCAGUCUUCAACGUCAUCAGAGAACCCACACAGGGGAGAAACCUUUUGAAUGCUCAGAGUGUGGAAAGAGAUUCAGUCGGAGUGGCCAUCUUCAAUGUCAUCAGAGAACCCACACAGGGGAGAAACCUUUUGAAUGCUCAAAGCGUGGAAAGAGAUUCAGUCGGAGUGGCCAUCUUCAAUGUCAUCAGAGAACCCACACAGGGGAGAAACCUUUUGAAUGCUCAGAGUGUGGAAAGAGAUUCAGUUGUACUGGCAAUCUUCAACGUCAUCAGAGAACCCACACAGGGGAGAAACCUUUUGAAUGCUCAGUGUGUGGAAAGAGAUUCCGUUGGAGUGACAAUCUUCAAUAUCAUCGUAGAACUCACACAGGGGGAAAAACUUUCGAAUGCUCAGUAUGUGGGAAGAGAUUCAUUCAGAGUAGCGAUCUUAAAAAGCAUCAGAGAACUCAUACAGGGGAGAAACCUUUUGAAUGCUCAGUGUGUGGAAAGAAAUUCAGUGAGAGUGGCAAUCUUCAACAUCAUCAGAGAACCCACACAGGGGAGAAACCUUUUGAAUGCUCAGAGUGUGGAAAGAGAUUCAUUCAGAGUAGCGAUCUUAAAAAGCAUCAGAGAACUCAUACAGGGGAGAAACCUUUUGAAUGCUCAGAGUGUGGAAAGAGAUUCAGUGCGAGUGGCCAUCUUCAACGUCAUCAGAGAACCCACACAGGGGAGAAACCUUUUGAAUGCUCAGAGUGUGGAAAGAGAUUCAGUCAGAGUGGCCAUCUUCAACGUCAUCAGAGAACCCACACAGAGGAGAAACCUUUUGAAUGCUCAGAGUGUGGAAAGAGAUUCAGUCAGAGUGGCACUCUUCAACAUCAUCAGAGAACCCACACAGGGGAAAAACCUUUUGAAUGCUCAGAGUGUGGAAAGAGAUUCAGUCGGAGUGGCCAUCUUCAAUGUCAUCAGAGAACCCACACAGGGGAGAAACCUUUUGAAUGCUCAAAGCGUGGAAAGAGAUUCAGUCGGAGUGGCCAUCUUCAAUGUCAUCAGAGAACCCACACAGGGGAGAAACCUUUUGAAUGCUCAGAGUGUGGAAAGAGAUUCAGUUGUACUGGCAAUCUUCAACGUCAUCAGAGAACCCACACAGGGGAGAAACCUUUUGAAUGCUCAGUGUGUGGAAAGAGAUUCCGUCGGAGUGACAAUCUUCAAUAUCAUCGUAGAACUCACACAGGGGGAAAAACUUUCGAAUGCUCAGUAUGUGGGAAGAGAUUCAUUCAGAGUAGCGAUCUUAAAAAGCAUCAGAGAACUCAUACAGGGGAGAAACCUUUUGAAUGCUCAGUGUGUGGAAAGAAAUUCAGUGAGAGUGCCAAUCUUCAACAUCAUCAGAGAACCCACACAGGGGAGAAACCUUUUGAAUGCUCAGAGUGUGGAAAGAGAUUCAUUCAGAGUAGCGAUCUUAAAAAGCAUCAGAGAACUCAUACAGGGGAGAAACCUUUUGAAUGCUCAGAGUGUGGAAAGAGAUUCAGUGCGAGUGGCCAUCUUCAACGUCAUCAGAGAACCCACACAGGGGAGAAACCUUUUGAAUGCUCAGAGUGUGGAAAGAGAUUCAGUCAGAGUGGCCAUCUUCAAUGUCAUCAGAGAACCCACACAGAGGAGAAACCUUUUGAAUGCUCAGAGUGUGGAAAGAGAUUCAGUCAGAGUGGCACUCUUCAACAUCAUCAGAGAACCCACACAGGGGAAAAACCUUUUGAAUGCUCAGAGUGUGGAAAGAGAUUCAGUCGGAGUGGCCAUCUUCAAUGUCAUCAGAGAACCCACACAGGGGAGAAGCCUUUUGAAUGCUCAAAGCGUGGAAAGAGAUUCAGUCGGAGUGGCCAUCUUCAAUGUCAUCAGAGAACCCACACAGGGGAGAAACCUUUUGAAUGCUCAGAGUGUGGAAAGAGAUUCAGUCGGAAUGGCAGUCUUCAACUUCAUCAGAGAACCCACACAGAGGAGAAACCUUUUGAAUGCUCAGAGUGUGGAAAGAAAUUCAUUGACAGUGGCACUCUUCAGUGUCAUCAGAGAACCCACACAGGGGAGAAACCUUUUGAAUGCUCAGAGUGUGGAAAGAGAUUCAGUCAGAGUGGCACUCUUCAACGUCAUCAGAAAACCCACACAGGGGAAAAAGCUUUCGAAUGCUCAGUAUGUGGGAAGAGAUUCAUUCAGAGUAGCGAUCUUAAAAAGCAUCAGAGAACUCACACAGGGGAGAAACCU